AGUGCCUGUGACGCAUCGGCGGUGUUAUUCAUAAUGACCAUUUAGAGAUUAGAGUCAAUCAUUUGUACAGCCAAAUAUACUUCUACGUGUAAUCUCAAAUUGUAGGAUGAGAGGGACCCAAUACGGAGCUGUAGGACAAGCUAAAUACCAGGCAGGUUUUCUUAGGGUAGGCGGGGCUGAUCUCCGGCUGACGAGCUUUGCGAUAAGAGAUUGCAUUGUUCCCCACACCGCCAUUCUGCUCUAAUAGCGCUCCCCAUUCACAAUGACCGUCGACUUGAUUUUAGGAACAAACAAUGUAGGAGGUCACGGAAAAAUCAAGACCGUCGAGGCUAUGGCAGAGAUUCUUGAGCUCUACCAUUCUCACGGUAACAAAUAUCUGGACUGCGCCUACAUCUAUCCUGCUGGUUUCCCUGGCGAGGCCGAGUCUUUUCUCGGCGAGCUCAAUGUCACUGAUAACGGCAAAUUCGUCGUUGACACAAAGCUUGACAGCUUCAGAGAUGGUGCGCAUACUGAGCAGUCGAUUUAUAAUUCCAUCAAGGUCCAAUUGGAACGACUCAAGGUUGACAAGGUCAGAACUCUCUAUCUGCAUGCGCCGGACCGCACCGUCUCUUUUGAAGAGUCUCACCGCGCGAUGAAUGAGCUCUAUAAGCAGGGAAAAUUUGAGAGGUUUGGUCUCUCAAAUUACAACGUCAAAGAGAUUGAGGAGUUUGCUGAGCGUGCGCGCAAGAAUGGGUGGGUCGCUCCGAGCUCAUACGAGGGCCUUUACAACAUUGUCAGUCGCAGGCCCGAGACCGACCUGCUGCCCGUGCUGCGGAAAUAUAACAUCAGCUUUUAUGCCUACUCUCCUCUUGCUUCUGGCUUCUUUUCCAAUAUCAAGCGCGGACAAGCGCCUGCUCCCGGAAGCCAGUUUGAUCCGGCGACGUUCAAUGGAACAUUCAACCAAGACUGGUUUUUCAAAGAUGAUUUAUUUACCGCUGUCGAAAAGCUUACGGAAGUUGGUGAGAAGCAUGGAAUUUCGAACAAUGAGAUUGCUCUGCGCUGGCUCCGCAAUCAUUCUCAGCUAGGCAAGGGUGAUGCGAUCUUGGUGGGGUAUUCUAAGAUCGAUCAGCUCAAGCAGAAUCUGGAGUAUUUGGAGGGCGGCCCAUUGCCUGAGGAAAUAGUGCAGGCGAUUGACUCGAUCUGGGAGACAAUCAAAGACAGUGCUCCAGAAAGCGUUAUGUGA